AUGUCUUCUCGACGAUCUACACCUUCAAGGAAGCGCCCUCUGCGCCUGCCUACCAUUGCACCGAAGGAUGAUGUGAUGCCGUUGAACCCGGCCGGAGGUGCCCCAACAGCUGCCAGGGCCGCCAUCAUCCAACCUCGACUGCGCUUCCCGCCGCGAUCCCGUACUGGCUUCAAAUGCGACGAGGUCCAUCCGCAGUGCAAUCAAUGUGCACGACUUGGCCAUGUUUGUGACUACCAGCCUCGGUUGUGCUUCCGCGAUGACACUCGGCGAGUCAUGGAGCGCAUGCCCGAUGUCAAAACUAAAGGCAAUGCUGUCUGGGACCCAUCGAAAAUGGCGCACAGGGGGGAACAUCUGUCCGCUUCCGAGGGUAUCUCCUGCGACCUUCUCCCGGCUUUCUCGACUCUCACGUCAGACGAGGACAGGGAGAAGAAAGCACAGGGAUCAGUCCCAGGAACGUAUCACGUAAUCGUUGUUCCAGAGAGCUUUUCGCGCCUGCCAGAGUAUACUGAGGAUACGCUGGAAGACGUGCACAGCAAUCCGUUCUCAAGCCCUGUUUCGGACUAUAGUAGCUAUGAUCCGAUGGACGAGGUCACUGCGUCGGAAGAUCCGAACGUGGUGAUACUAAAUCGGUUUCGAGACUCUAGGAAGCAAGUAUACCCCAACCGCCGGAGCUAUACGCAGUCCCCGGAGUCCGAUCUCGGGCCCACGCCCAUUUCCGCUCCCUUGAUGUAUCCAUCUCUGCAGGACAUCUCAGAGGACCAAGUCUCCGAACACGUCGAUCUAGAGACUUACGACAUGGCGCUCUUCGACCACUUUCAGAACGUCGUAUGGACGCAGCUGAUACCCGGGGGCCACUGUUAUCUGGAGGCAAACGUCUUCGAGCAAGAGGCUUCCAAUUUCCCUCCACUUCUCCAUGUGAUGAUGACCCUGUCAGCUCUCAGUCUAGUUCGUCAAGGAAAUUCUCAUUACUUGGAUGCUUUGCAGUACUAUGAUCAGGCCCUACCUUCUCUCCAAAGCAGCCUUCAUAACUGUGAAGACGUCUUGUCCGAUGGGCUGUUUCUGACGCAUUUUUUGCUCCUCAUUUACCAGGUUAGUACUACCCUUCAUGAAAAAGAACUUGAGAGCUCACACAGGCAGAUCACAUUCGCAAAACCCAGCAACGGGUCGAACCUCUGGUCGCACCACAUGUCCCGGCUACUACAACUCACUCUGCUAAGGCAGUCUGUCGCUGAACGAGAGCGAUUUCCGGUUAUUAUCUGGUUGAUCUGCCAAAUUGACUUAUAUGCGCUAUUUAGUGGCGCCACCACUGGGGAGUUCGUCCAGGCUGCCACUGAGAAUCAUUUCCUUCCGGAGGCCGAAGCACUUUUGCAACAAAUGGACUCCGAGAGCUCAGGAGUACUGUAUACGGAAGAGUACGACUUCUUGUUAUUGAUUAUGCGCCUGCAUCGUGAGAAUUUCAGAAUAGCGGUGCAACUUGGCUAUGUCGCGACCGAGGUGAGAAGGGCAAAGCAUCCGCAAAUGGAACAAGUAUAUAGAGAUCUCGAGGGGCUGCGGGGAGCAUUUCGUCGUCAAUGGACGUCGCAUGAGAUUCGAUUUCUGAUCGAGAGUCAUGAGAACCUGCCUAAGAGAUCACAGCAGUGUUUUCAACAGCUCUCUGUUCUCUUCCACACAUCGCUUCUCUUCUCGUACACCAGCGUUUGGCAGGGGCAAUGCCUUCAAAGUGGGCUCGAGCACGAAAAAGAGGUCCAGCAUCACGCAGAGGCAACCAUCCAGCUGGCCAAGAGGAUGAUUGCCCAUGGACACAAUAGCGGUCCUCUAUUUCUCACUUUCCCUCUCUUCCUAUGCGGUGCGAUUUUCUCGUCGAAUGGACCCAAGAUGAUGGCGUUGGAGUUACUUUCCAAUAUUGGAGAAUCGGAGCUGGGAUACGACGCGGCGACGACAAGCUCGAUGCUUCAGGUUGUCUGCGAGACCCAGGCGCAACAUUUGGUGGGUGGAGAGUGCAUGCAGCAUAUCGAUUGGAGGGAGGUAAUAGCAAACCAUGGAUAUCGGCUGGUGAACUAUGGAUGA